AUGGCCAAUGUUUAUGCAUCCAAUGCUAAUAGCUUACAAACUAGACCAAAUUACGUUCGGGGAUGUGCUAUCGGCUGCGGACUUUCAGGGUUGGUUGUGCCUAUUGGCAUAGCAUUGUCGUUAAUGUAUCAUGCGGAGAACAAAAGCAAAGAUGCCAAUUUUGGCCACGUUCAGGUCGGGGUGAUAGUGGACGUGAGUACUGAAGGAGACAGGCAUAAGGACUUUCGUCUGAUGACGUGA